CCGUGAAGGCAGCAGAAGGGGCGGAAACCUUGCGCAAUAGUCCAUUGCUCAAAGUAAGAGCCACCGCUGCGUGUGAAGGGGCUCCCGGAACCACAUCACCCCAGAGAUCCGGUCCAUUCCCCGCCGAACCGAGCGGAACCAUGCCGGGCAGCUGGUGGCGCGCUGCCGCGGUGAGCCACGGCCUGACGGCCCUGUUCGCCAUGGGCUCCUGGGUUUCCGUCAACAGCCUGUGGGUCGAGCUGCCGGUGGUGGUCAGAGAGCUGCCCGAAGGCUGGAACCUUCCUGCUUACCUCUCGGUGCUCAUCGCCUUUGGAAAUUUGGGUCCCAUCGCGGUGACGGUGGCGCACCACUGCGCUCCGGGUCGCCUGAACGAACGUGUGGCCAUUCACUGCAUCCUGGCGCUGGCGGUGGUGGCGUCGGGGUUCCUGGCCCUUUUCUGGUCCUGCCGGGUGCCGAUCGCAGGAGCGGAGCGGUCGCUGCCCUUCCUGCUGCUCAGCUUCGUCCUGGCUCUGGUCUGCUGCACCUCCACCGUCACCUUCCUGCCGUUCAUGUUCCGCUAUCCUCCAGAGUACAUCCGCACGUUCUUCAUCGGCCAGGGCUUCAGCGCCUUGUUCCCCUGCGUGGUGGCUUUGGGUCAGGGCGUCGGCAAGCUGGAGUGUAAAACCGAGAACGACACGGUGAAGCCGGAGUACCUGGAGGAGAACUUUCCUGCCCAAAACUUCUUCUGGUUCCUGUUUGUGAUGCUCGCCAUCUCGGCCUUGAGCUUUGUGGCGUUGACACAAAGACGGGCCGAGUCCCAGCAGGAGAGGCCGCCCCAAGAGUCCGACGGCGCCGAGGCGGCGAAGAGCGGAGAAGAGACGCACCGGCUGUACAACGGAGGGACGGCGGCGUCGGAGGGGCCGGUCGGCCCGGAGCCGCCCGCUCCCAGGUUCUGGACGGGACGAAACGUCUACCUGCUGGCGCUGCUCGCCGCCUCCAACGCCCUCACCAACGGAGUGCUCCCGUCCGUCCAGAGCUUCUCCUGUCUGCCCUACAAUAACAUGACCUUUCACCUCUCUGUGGUCCUCGGCAACAUCGCCAACCCCCUGGCUUGCUUCCUAGCCAUGUUUGUGGUGCUGAGGUCCCCUGUAGGCCUGGGCCUGGUGUCGCUGGCGGCGGGCGUGUUCGCUGCGUACCUGCUGGCGCUGGCGGCGCUCAGCCCCUGCCCGCCGCUGCAGGCCAGCCUCGCUGGGAAAACCUUGGUGGUGGGCUCCUGGAUCCUGUUCACCGGCCUGUUCUCCUACCUGAAGGCGUCGGUCGGCGCGCUGCUGCACGGCGCCGGGCGCGGCGCGCUGCUGUGGGCCGGCGUGGCCAUCCAGGCCGGCUCCCUGCUGGGCGCGCUCGCCAUGUUCCCCCUGGUCAACGUCUACCAGCUGUUCGCCAGCGCCCACGACUGCGUGGACGUCUGCAGCAACAGGACUGCAGCUCCUCCAGCAGGGGGCGUUGCUGAUCCUGAGCUCCGGACUUUUCUGGACUGACAGCAGCAGGAAGCUCUUCCUCAGGAGGAAGGCCGCCUGCGCCUGACCUUCCACUUUUCCUUCUGUUGGAACAUUUUACUGAAAUCUUUUUACCGUUUUGGGAAUGAGAUCUGAUUGCAACGCUCACUUCCUGUUUCUGUGAUCUGCUGACAGACAGAAGCAGCCGAUGCCAGAUGCUCACACUGAGGCUUGACCUCUGACCCCCAGAGGUUUUAAAGACACCAUCCUGUUUAUUCCUGCUGUAAGAGCCAAAAAUGUCAGUUUGAACAUUGUUUGUUGUUUUGUAUGCUUUUUGCAUAUUUGGAUAUUUUCUUAGCAAUAAGGUUUUAUUCUAGUAUGUUUCUUUUGUAGAAAAGCGCCACCAAAAGGACAUAAUUUAAAUAUAUGAAAAUGCUGUGUCACUUAGUUCAGAAAAGAACAUUGAAUGUGGUGUGGUCAACUGAGCUCUACACAGUUUUUGACCGUUAAAAUGUGGAAUGCUGUGCAAGAUUCUUAUGUAAUGUCCGUCGUUCAUCAGACUUUGUGUGGACUAGUAAGUACUUUUUAAUGCACAAGAGCAUAUCGUCGGACAGAAACGCGUCAGCUAAGAGCUAAGCUAACAAACGUCAACAAAGAAAGAAAACUGAAGCUGGUUGAACAAUAUAGUGGCUUCACACCAGAACGAAUAAGCAGCCACUACACCUGCUAACAAUAAAGCAACAGCUUGGUGAAAUCAGGGUUUUUCAUUUUAAAUGUUAAUAUUUAGUUUUUUUUUGGUUUCUGCUCCAGUAAUCGAUCAAUCAUUAACUGAUUAGUUUGGGUGGAGGUGAUGGCCUCCAACAUUCCUCCAUAAAUCAGCUAAAUUAUAACAUUUUUGUUCUUUUGGAAUAAACUUUAGCCAUGAUGCAGGUUUUCCUUUGAGUCCAGAGAAAAACCUGAAACCUUCCGAUUUUCUGACAUGCAAUGAAAAUAAAUGGUUUUUAUUU